GACGAAACAUUAUUCGUAUUACAGUCGUUUGAGUAAUAUGAAGUUCUUGAUCGUUUUAGCUUUAUGCGUUGCGGCCUCGUCCGCUUACACAAUUGGCAGCCCAGUAUUGGCUGAUAGCAAUGGUAUUGAUGGACGUAUCACCAAUGGCGAAAGGGCUGCUGUUGGUCAGUUCCCCUACCAGGUUGGACUAUCGUUGAAAAAGAAUCGUUUCUCCUCAUCCUGGUGCGGUGGUUCUUUGAUCUCCACACAAUGGGUAUUAACAGCUGCUCACUGCACUGAAGGUAUUCCUGAAAUUACCGUUUACUUGGGCGCCACUGAACGUACUUCCGCUCAGAUUAAACACACCGUUCGCAAAGAUGACGUCAUCAUCCACGCCGACUGGAAUUCUAAGAAGCUGACAAAUGAUAUCUCCCUCAUCCGCAUACCAUUCACUUCUUUCACAAGCAAAAUCAACCGGGUCAGACUACCUGGCAUCGCCCAAUCCUACUCCUUGUACACUGGUGAUCGCGUUAUUGCUUCCGGUUGGGGCCUUACUUCCGAUUCCAGCAAUUCUGUCAGCGACCAUUUGAUGUACGCCGAGUUAGAAGUUGUUUCGAACGCAGUAUGCAAAAGGACCUACGGCUCUGCAGCGGUUAAGGAUUCAAAUAUCUGUGUUAGCACUCCUCGUGGUGUGUCUACCUGCAGUGGUGACUCUGGUGGCCCAUUGGUUUUGGAAUCCUCCAAGAUCCAAGUUGGUUUGACUUCUUAUGGUGCUCGUGCCGGUUGCGAAUUGGGUCACCCAGCCGCAUUCACCCGUGUUACCAGCUACUUGGAAUGGAUCAAGGAGCACACUGGUGUUGAAUACUAAAGCACUUUAAUGUACAUAUUAGUAUAGUAAUAUACUUUUGUAUUUGUUAUGUUUGUAGUAACUAUUAUUAAAGUUAAUUAAUUGCA